UUAGGUAGGUAGUGUUGAUGAGAUGAGUGAGGGAGGAGAGAGUUGUUAGUGUCAUAUUUAACAUUAUAUUGUGGUGUUAGUGUGAUAUUUAACAUUAUAUUGUGGUGUUAGUGUGUGUGUUGUGACCUACAAACAUGAGUGAACAAGUGCACCUCCAACCAUUACAACCUUCACUCAACAAUAUAGUGGAGCAACACACCUUAAAAUGGGUGUUUGUGGGAGGUAAAGGAGGUGUUGGUAAGACCACUACCAGCUGUAGUCUGGCAGUGCAGUUAGCCAAAAUCCGGGAGUCGGUCCUCAUCAUCUCUACGGAUCCUGCUCACAACAUCUCCGACGCCUUUGACCAAAAGUUCUCCAAGGUUCCUAUUAAAGUCAAAGGGUUUGACAACCUAUAUGCCAUGGAAAUUGACCCAAAUAUUGGGUAUGGAGAACUUCCAGACGAAUAUUUUGAAGGAGCAUCCGAUGCCAUGCGCAUGGGUCGAGACAUCAUGCAGGAGGUACUGGGGGCCUUCCCGGGUAUAGAUGAAGCUAUGAGCUAUGCAGAAGUUAUGAAGCUGGUUCAGGGUAUGAACUUCAGUGUUGUGGUCUUUGACACUGCUCCGACUGGACACACACUGCGUCUACUGUCAUUUCCUCAAGUGAUUGAGAAGUCAUUAGGGAAGUUAUUACGACUCAAGAAUCAAAUUAGUCCAUUCGUAAACCAGGUUGCUGGUCUUCUUGGCAUGCAGGAAUUCAAUGCUGACGAGGUGUCUGGUAAACUAGAGGGCAUCCUACCAGUCAUACAGAAAGUCAACGAGCAGUUCAAAAACCCGGACCAGACAACGUUUGUUUGCGUUUGCAUUGCCGAGUUCUUAUCCCUGUAUGAAACCGAGCGACUAGUUCAAGAGCUCACACGAUAUGGAAUUGACACACACAACAUAGUUGUCAAUCAAUUGUUAUUCCAAAAAGAUGGUGAACAGCCGUGCUCUAUGUGCUCUGCUCGAUGCCGUAUCCAAGCCAAGUACCUUGACCAGAUUGCCGAUUUGUAUGAAGAUUUCCACGUGAUUAAACUACCCCUUCUUGAACACGAGGUUCGAGGUGUCGAACAAGUGAAAAGCUUUUCGGAAAACCUCAUCAAACCUUACCUAGCCUAAAAACUGCAAUGUCUACAAUGCUGCAGUUUGUGUCACUCAAUAUCAAUGAGUUGAUGUUUUCAUUGUUUUUGUGUUUUCAUUGUGUAAUGGGUAGGUGAGAAUAAUUUAUAUACGUACAGAGUACUUACCUAUAUGUAGUUGCAGGGGUUGGGUCAUACCUCCUGGUCCCACCUUUCAAUUUGCUGCUUGCCAGAUUCACUCCCUCCUAGCCUGAUGGGCCCUACUGUACCUGCUCUUAAAACUGUGUAUGUAAACAGCUUCCUGGCAGGCUUGAACUAUACACAGUUGUUUGAGCCAUACACUGACCAUACAAGUAAUAUACACAUGUACGAAUAACCCACAUUUAACGACACAGAAAAAGGUGAAUAUGUUUUUGUUUGGGCUUCUAGUCGGCAAAGCAUUGGAUUUCUAGUAGGCAAAGCAAAGCAUGUGUUUUUUAUGUUUUGCUGAAUGGGGUUGUGUGUAUAUUCUUGGGAAAAACAUUAAACCUGUAGGGAUGGGAGAGAGGUGUCAUACAGGACCUGCAGACUGCAAGGUAAUCAGAUCUGAUCCAAAGAAUGAGAGGCAUCUCCAGUUCCUAGGAUCUAGCACCUCUGACUGACAGAGGUAUUGGGCUUGAAGGUCAAGGAUUCUUCCAGGGUUACCACUUUGUAUGUUGUUAGUGCUAAAAUAAUCGCAGGAAACCAAGGGGGUCACAAGACUGAAUAUUGUAAGUCCUUGACUCACAAACAUGUUGAGAAGCUUCUGUAUUGUGUUUAUCAUUGUUAUAUCAUUAUCGUGUAUAAUAUUAUAAAUUAUUGUACACAACACAGAAGGACCAUAAUAUGUUCGUAAGUUGAAGACUUCUUGUGUUAUGAAUGUUAAACACAUUGGGGUCCUCCUGAAUUGUGUAAAAGUCAAGGGUUUACUCUACAAUAUUUCUGUGGGUUUAUUGGAGCUUUUGAACCUAGUCAGCUCCCUUUUAAAGCUCCUAUUAUGGUGCAAGUUUGUGUAAAUGCUUUGAAAAGAUGUGUACAGUAAAGGUGCUCCUUGACUUAGGAUAUUGUGACUUGAUAGUGAUGCAAGAACAGUUGCUUUGGAGAUGAAACUUAAUUACCCAGCAUGAAGGCAGCAAGUUCCUAACUUGUACUAUUUAUUUACCUUUCAAUACUGGUAUUUGAUUAGUUACAGUAAUUAUUUUUUUAUUUAUUCAGUGGCAGAAGUUAUUUAUUGACUUGUUUAUUCAGCACAUCACAUUUGACUCGUGAUGGGUUCGUUGGAACAACCCCAAUGUAAGUCAAGGAACACCUGUACAUGUAAACUUGACUAGCACAUGGAAAAGGCUGCAUAGUACUCAGCAUUGAACUUUGUAAUGACACUUUAUAGAGGAGCUGUAUAAGGGGGCUUAUUGUGCACAAACCAUACAUAAAGCCUUGAUUUAUGAACAAAUAGGGAUGGAGAAGGUGAUGGGUUGUGGUGGAUAAAGAUGGAAAUUUUGAUGGGGAUCGUACCAAUAAUGGACAAUUAUGGAACUAGUGGAGUGUGUCCGUUAUCCCUCGACCAGUUGAUCCAGCAGAUUUUUCACAUAUUCCCGAAAUUUAUUAAAGCCAGAGUUGACUUUAACAACAUACAAUACUGUCUCGGUUAUAUCAUUCUUGUACGUUUGUAUGAAAUACUUGCAUCUGUGGUCCCUUUGAUAAUAAAUAUUAUUUUUUUUUAAUGGAAUAAAGGACCAAAAUGAG